GGUACGCUGGUGGUGGUGUUCUUCAUGUGGAAUAGAUAAUGUCAAAAUCAGAAUAUAGUCUUUUGAUUGAUAGUGAAGUGAAGAUUGGAGGAACCACGCACGAUGAGGAUGAUGGAGGUGUGAUGGAUGGUGUGAUGAUGUGAUGAUGUUGAGGUGUCUCCUUCUCCUUCUCCUUCUCCUUCUCCUUCUCCUUCUUCGUCUUGAUCCCCAUCUUCAUCUCCAUCUCCUUCUCCUUCUCCAUCUCCAUCUCACCCAAAAGCGGGCGAGGUUCUGAGUGGUAAAAGUCUAUUCUCAGACUACUUCCCACCUACUGGCCCAGAUUCUCUCGCUAUUACCAAACCACACAUACUAUAUUAGAGCAAGGACCCCAAGGAAAGAAAAGCCCCGACCUACCCCGACCCCGACCAAACAAUUCCACCACGACAAUCAUCAAACAACCACCACCACCACCACACUACUCCUCGCAACCUUACCCCCGUACCGCAAAUCCAUUCAUCCAUACACAAUUACAUACUACAUACUACAUACCACAUACCACAUACCACAUACAACCUGCUACAUACAACCUGCCGACCACGUUCACCAUACAAUAUUAUAACUUCAACGUCCCUCGACAAACUACACGAAUUCGAUAAGAAAAGGAGAAGGGCGUUUAAUUGGCAGAAAGAGAAUAAUAGAUUGAAUCGCGAAAAGAUAACGAUCCCCUUGAACCUGGGACAUAAUUCAAUUCGCCCUUCCCCCAUAAUUUCACCUUGUCGCGACUUCUAUUGUGGUGCAUAUGGUUUGGUUGCGACAAUGAUUAGGCCGUGAUAUUCACCAAUAGCUACGAAACGUCACAAUAACCAAAAAAAAUUAUUCAGACCUUUCUAUUGUCAAACUACCCUACCAAACAACUUCACGUUGCGCGCAUAUCGUACAUCCGUUUGAAUAUUGAGAGGAUGGAAAAGAAGAAAGCUAUGGAAGUCGCUUCGAGAAACACAGCUUCCAUCGGAGGGUUGCAAAACCUCUUUCGUGAUUUUGCCCAAGAUGAACUCCCAGAAAUGCCGCACCUCUUGGAAAUCAUCGAUGCCGACAAAGGAAGAUGGAAUUCGCGAUCACACGAAGAACUCAUAGGCAUACCUUGGAACCUACCUCACGAACACUCAGAAGCUCGCAGGCUUCAAUACAUGACUGUUUUUUCUACAGGAGAUCGCGACCUUCAAGUUCCACGAGCUUUUGAUCAUGAAGAUCCAGUCGAAAGUCCAACGAAUAGUGGCGGUCGAAGUAGUUUGAAUACUCCUCAAAGAGACCCAAACAAAAAGUUCUCUCUCGCGGCUUAUCAAAAGAUGAAGAAAGAUGGAAUCAAGCCUACUCCAAGAACAUCUGAUACCCCGGAUUCAGUUCGUCCGAAAGGUCAUGCAAGAACAACAAGCAAUAUCUCCAAUGCGACUCCAACGGCUCGCGGAUCGUUCGAGGGUUCUUCAAAUGGCGAAAUACAAAGGAAUGGGUCUGCGGUACACUCUGCGAACAGAUCAGAGCAUGUAGUCAAGAAUGGCAUUGAUAGAAACCCCCCUUCCCGAAGCAACCCAAACAAACCACAUCAUCUCACCAAUGGCACCAAUGGCGUCAAAAAUCGCACAGAACAAACAAAGGAUUUCUCGAGAUCAAAGGAAAUCAAUGCAUCACAAAACAAAUCAUCCACAAAAAUGAGCCCUUCAAUUCCUACAUGGAAUGCACCCAUGAAGCACAGCUUACCUCCUCGGCCACAGUCUCCGCGAAGAGUGGUUUCAGAUGGCAGAAACAAUAAACGAUCACUUGAAUCGGAUGAACCAUCACAUGCAGAAAAGCGUGCCAGAACUGAUCGAGCGAAUUCGCAUCUUCAAAAAAUCGUCAAACCAGAUAAUAAUUCAUCCAAGGGAAAAGCCCCUCCUUCCAAUUUGAGCAAGUCAGAUGACCAUGCAUCUAAAUCCUCCAGAGGAACGGGGGAGACGAAGUCAUACAAAUCAUCAGGAAAACCUAUCAAUCAUUUACCACCCUUACUAUCACCACUCCCUGCCGAUUUAACAACUCCUACCACAUUUGAUAGCCCUAAGAAAUCGGAUCAAAAAGUAUCCACGUCGAACACUCCAUCAAAGCCCAAACCUUCUGUCAGUGGAAAAAAGCCUCCACCCAAAGAGUUAUCACUGCAACAAGAAUCGCCAACAACUCCUCCAAGAACUGCAUCACCCUUCGUACUUCCGCCGCUACUUUCACCAACACUUCCCCCCAUUGUCGAAGCAGCAUUGGCGGAACAUAAGCAAAAGGAAGGAGAAAAAACUACUUCUGCACCUGAGCAUCGUCAAGAAAAAUCAAAUUCAUUGACCGUUGAAGAACGUCAUACUCAAGCUCGUAAACCAGAUGCACCUGGUGUUGCUCGUAAGACUGUUACUGGUGCCAAAGUCGGUCAUCCUCCAAAAAGAUCCGCAUCAAAUACGCCCUUACAAAAACCUCGCGAGGUUUCAAAAGCUCCAGCUACGAGUCAAUCAUUAAUCGUCAAGUUGCCUUAUUCUAGGAGAAAAGCUACAACUAUUGAACGAUUAGUUAGAUUAUCACCAAGACCUUCACAAGAUUUUACGAAACUUGAGAAUAUCAGAAAGAAGGAAGGUUUUGAAGCUAUGAUGGCUUACGAUCUAAAGAAAGAGAAAGCUCCUGUUUUAUCCGCCAAUAUUGUUAUGGAUCAAUCGGUAUCAGAAUCUGAAGAGGAUGUACCUUUAUCAACUCAAGGCAGAAAGACCGUCUCUAGGAAACGCCCUAGUGAUGUUCUACCUUCAAAGCCUGAACCUCCAACAAAGCGGGCUAAACGUCCUGAUAAUCUUGAUGUUACGGCUGCUAGAAAAACUGUCCCCAGUCCAUUGAAAUCUCCUACCCGCCCUGGACCAUCUCAAAAGGGUUUACUUGCUACACCCAAGAAGAAUGAGGGUUCUAGGGGUACCGCUAUGGUCAGGGUUUCUUCUAGUGAUGGAAAUCCUCAAACUCCUCAAGGCGCAAAUAUCACUGUAACGACUCCGCAGAGCAUCUCUACGAGCAGAUCUGACCAACUUAAAACUUUGGCUUAUAGUCUCAAGAAGAAAGGCGAACGUGAGACAAGGAUUAAUGGUAAUCAACACCAACUUAAGCCCGUUGCUGAACGAACAGCUGGAGUUAUAGUUGUGAUUGAAAGUAUCUGUCAGUACAUGAGAUAUUUCAAAGGACUUCCUUGUGCUAGUCCUAGGGAGACUAGUUACAGUCAAAGAAGUCAGAAUGCUCAAAAUUGGGAUACAAUUAUUCCAAUGCUUGCUUGGCUUAAAAAUAUCAGUGAAGAUAUUCCCGUUCUUCAAGUAUUAUCUGCUCAUCUUAAUGCUGUUUGUCUUGAAGUAUCAACUCGUGCUUUUAUUAGCAUGCCUACUUCACCAGGCAAUACUGAAGAUGAUCGAGCAAAGGAUCGUGGAAUUUGGUCUAAACAACAAUCACAAGAUUUGAAAAGGCAUGAUGCAUGGAGACAAAGUCAUCAUGUUGGAUAUAAACUUUUGAAAGAUUUAUCCUCAAGGGGUGAACCUACAAUUAUUGGACCAUGGACUAGUGUUGAAACAAUUACGGCAUAUUGCAUGGAAGUUUGUACAGCAUUUAACAAGAAGGAUAAAUGGGGCUGGAAAAAAGAAGUUGACUUUUAGUCACUUUUUACACUUCAUGCUGGUUAUUCUACCUUGCUACGAUUGCUACAACACAAUCCUCUUUGUAGUAAAAUCCGACGUUCUACGAAUACGAAAAUAUAAUUUCUCGGAAAUGCUUCUUUAUUAUAACUUUACUUCUUCAUAUUUUUUGUUGUUACACACUUUUUCUAUAGGUACAAUACCCAAAGCAUUUCGGUGGGAAUGGUAUAGGAUGGUCAUGGAAAUUGGAACGGUGUAGGUGUGGGUGUGGAUGGCGUUUGCGAUAUUGAUUUUAUUUUUCGACUUGAACUUUUGCACAUUAUACGGUUUAUUUUUUUGGGAUGGGAGAAUUGGCACUAUACCCAGAGAUGUUGCAAUUGCUUUUUUUUUUACUUGCGGUGGGAGGAUUUGGAAUGCGAUAAGGUAUGUUGUAUUGGGGUUUUGGGUGGGAUAAGUAAAAGAAGGGAUGGGAUGGGAGGAAGGAGCUUAGGAUGUAUAACUGAAUAGGUGAAUGGUCUUUGUGAAUUUUUGAUGCAUUUUUUAGGGGGUUGGUGGUAUGUAUCAUAGAAUGAUGGAUGGAUGAAAGUGAUCAAAAGACAUAUAGUAUAUGCAUGCGAGAUAUUGAGGAUAUUUCUACGUGUGAUAUCCUACGUAUGGUAUGCAUUAAAUGGAAUAGGAAUGGGAUGAAAACACUGGAGAGGUAAUAUACUGAGUUAAAGGAGAGGUGCUUAUUAGUAUAUGGAAAGUUGAAGAUGAAGUAGUAUAUGAAAAGUAGUAUUUAAAAAAUGUUGAAAAUUUGUAUGUGUGCA